UGCAGGGCUCACUCCUAGCGACGGAGGCCCUCCUCAAGCGCGGAGCGCCGCUUCGUGACCUGGGGGCUCUCGUGGACAGGGGCUGCCCGGAGGCCAUCGAGUGGGCCAUCAUUGCGGGGCCCAACUUUGAAGCUGAGGGGCACGCGGCAGGCGUGCUUCGGGCCUGGCCUCAGGGCGCGUCUCAGGUGCAGCAAGGGGCGCUCGCCAAUAUUAGCUGCACGACCGCCUACUUCGCGAAGGACGCGCUGGAACCGCUGAGCGACCUGGGCAUCGACAAGCUGAUCACGACGAAGGGGUUCGGCUACAGCGGGCAGGAGGUUGAGCGCGGGGGGCCACUGGUGAUGGGCGAGCUACGACCAGGGCUGCCCAAGCCGAUGUUGGCUGGUUCCGUGCAGGCCUUGGAUCUCGCGGCUCCGCAUGUGCAGGAGUGGUUGUCGGACCCCACGCGGCUCCUCAAGCCUCAGGACGAAUGGCCAGAGGAGGUCCUGAAGGCCAGCGUGCAAGUGACCGACAACGAGGAGUGGUACGCCCUGUGCAAGCACUUGAUGGAGGUAGGCAUCUUCGAGCCUGUCGAGUACCGGGAGAUCUGCCAGGUCGGGGGGAAGCUGGUGCUUGCGGGGGCCUUUGCGGUUGCGAACUCGGGGACCCCGACGCCGCCCUUCACGAGGGUCACCAGGCUCAUCAUCAACAUGGUGCCGCGGAAGGCCUACCGGCGGGUUGCUGAGGCCGCGCUGGACUCGCCGACCCCCAGCUCGACGUGGGCGUCCUUCGACGUGCCUGAUGACCAGGCCUUGGCGUGGACGUCAGACGACCAGUCGGGGGCGUUCCAUCUGUACGCGCUGCCACGGGCCUGGCGGGGGUACAUGGCGUGGCGCCAGCCGGUGCCUGGGUCGCUGGUAGCGCGGCCGCAGUUCCAGUGGGUCAAGAUGGCGGACGCGGUGACCCCGAUGGGCCGGCUGCCUGCUGUGAGCCUGUUCCAGCACCUGCAUCGACGACUAGGCGUCGGUGAUGGGCCUCACAGCGCGGGGUUCGGCAAGAAGGUGGAGUGGGGGCGUGACCGCCCGCGGCCGCUUGCGCCUCAAGCCAUGGCCCAGGCGGGUGUGCAGUGCCACCUGGACGACAUCGAUUCCCCCGAGAUCGUGCCCGAGAGCGUCGCCACCCUCAUCGAGGAGGCCCUCAGCGAUUUUCAGGAACGCCAGCGGGGGGCGUAUUCCUCUGCCCGCAUCCCCUGGUCGGACAGGAAGGCGGUGUGUCGCCAGCGUCGCCUUGUCAGGAUGGGCACCCUCGUGGACGGGGGCGCCGGCCGCGUGGGGGUCACGAUUGAUGACCUGAUGGGCAUCCGGCAGAUGAUCAUGCGGCUGCUUGCUGGCAAGGAGAAGGUGACCGCCAAGGCCUGCCUCCUGGAGCUUGGGCGGCUGGCCCGAGCGUUUGAGUUUCACAGGCCGCUCUUCGCGACGCUCAACGAGGUCGUCCGCCUGCCCGAGGGGGCGCGCACCGAGCCGCUUGUCGCCCUGGGCCUGCUGCCGAUGGCGCUCACCUGCAUCCGCGCGACCUUCGACCCCAUCGUCCUUGCCACCGACGCCAGCGAGGAAGGCGGCGGGCUGUGCUACACGUUGGGCCUCACCAAGCAUGGAGCGGAGGUGGCGGGCGCCGACCCUGGUGAGGAGGGGCUUGCCUUCCUGCCUCGGGGCGCUAUGUCAUCAGGGGGGCUGCCGGAGCUGCUGCCUCGAGGGGUGCCCUGGUUGACAAUGGCGCUCUUCGAGUACCUCGGCGGGAUCGGCGCGGCGGGGGUGGCCUUGUCGCAGCGCCCCUGCAGGGUCGCCAUGUACGCUUCGUCCCUCGAGCUGUCCAAGGCCUCCAGAACCAUUGAGCGGAUCUGCGGCAAGCGGAGCACCAUAUGGUUCGUCGAAAUCGUGGCGGACAUGCCGUUGGACGACAUUGCGAUGGUCACCGAGGUGCUGGGCGUCACGUCGUACCGCAUCGAUGCCAUGAAGGGGGGUGCGGUGCGUAGGCCGCGCCUGUGCUGGCUCUCCUGGCAGCUGCAGGCCCGCGACGACGUGAUCGAGAUCCUGGAGGCUGAGUUCUACCACAAGGUGAAGUUCCAUGUCGCUGCUGAGGCCGUCCCAGUCUGGGCUGAGGACGGCUGGGGCCAGCUUGGCCCUGGUCACGUGCUGCCGCCCGUCGCUAAGCUGUACAAGAGGAGUUCCCCCCCUGCUCCGGUCGCGGGGAUCAAGACGGCCAGCGACAUCGCGAUUGAACGAUGGACAGCCUCCGGCUAUGUGACGCAGCUGUACAAUUUGGAGGACAAGAACCUUCUCUCGAACGCGGCCAGGGACAAGUGGUCGUCGUUCAUCGGGAACUCGUUCUGCGCGCAGGCCGUGUCAUACUGGUUUGCGGAGCUCCUAGCUAGAGAGGCUGGCCGUGUGGCCCCCGACAUUGCGCCGCUGCUCCGCACGGGGGCGGCGUCGCCAUCGCGGGGCCAGGAGCCUGAGUUUGGAGGCGUCGAGGCUAACGAUCCGGACCUCGAGAGGCGGCUGGUGUUCAAGUGCCUGCGGGGCCGGCCCAGCGCCAGGAGGCUGGGGGGCUGGAUGCUGGCGCACGCGUCGUACCUUGUCGCCUGUGGCUGCUGCCCGCUGCACGCGUACGUCGACACGGACUGCGACCCAGUGGAGGUGCCGUCGCGCUGGCUGGACAUGGGCUGCCGGGGGCAUCGGCGCGCUGGGCGGGGCAGCGCGGCUCAGCAGCAGCUGCGCCCAAAGACCGCGCGGGAUGUUGACCAUGGCGUUGCCCUGUACAUCGAGCACGUAUGGCGCACAGGCGGCUCACUACUUGCCGUGAACAAGGCGCUCACUGCUGUGCCAUCUUUCAGCCCGUGCCUGUCGGGCAGGCUGAAGCAGAGCUGGAGGCUCCUGAAGACUUGUCUUAAGCUGGAGCCCAACGACCGUGCCACGCCAAUGCCGCCGCUGCUCGGCCUCGCUUUGCAGGGGCCUCCUGCGGGGAUGCUGGGCAGUGGUGAGAGGCUGCAACGAAGGCCAAGGGACAUUCGCAUCUCUCAGCGACAGAUGUUAGCAAUCGUGGUGCUCCGCAACACUAAGACGGGGCAGCGCUACAGCUGGCUUGAGCUGAUCAUGAUCCGCUCCAGGGUCGCGGGGAAGCUGCUGCCGCAGCAUGUGCUCGACAAGCGCAUCCUGGACAUCAAGGGGUGA